UUAGAAUGUUAUGUAUUAUGUACAAAUUCAAUGCACAUAAUAUCGAAAUGUCGUCGGUCUCUUGUUAUUAUUUUUUUAGUAAACAUUUAUCAUUCUUGUAAGUCGCUGCUGCUUUUUUGUCGUCGAAGAUGCAUUUUUUCCAAAUAAAAUAUUCCUUUAAAUUAAAAGAAUACUGGAGAGGGAGACUGAAUUGAGUUGAGCUGUUAAUCACUUGGUGCUAUAAUAUUAAAGACGAUACUACUGCAGUCAUUGUAUGGUAACACAAAAUUCGGUAGUUUUAUGCGAAAGAUGUGCAAUAUUUGCCAAAAGACCUCUUCUAAAAAUCGAUUUACUUCAACUUAAGCCAAAGGAUUUAAUAUUUUAUUUGCAAUCAAAGCACAUUUCAACAACUGGAUGUGUUGAAAAAGAAGAACUUGUUGGACUAAUUUUGACUCAUGUAAACCAAAAUGAUAACCCUAACAUGGGAAGUCAGAGUGGGAAUAAGUUCUCUGAUUUUAACGAAACAGACAAACCAUUUGAGAAUAUCAAACAAACUUGCCAGAAUUUCUUUAAUAACAUAACUGAUAAAAUCGCAACUGAUUUUAGUUUUGAUACAAAGACAACAGCUGCAAGUAAUUCGACUGGAGCAGCUGCUGGUGCUGGAGGGUCGUCGCCCCACAUCUCGGAACAGCCGAGAAUAUCGACACGUGAGAUACCAAGCUAUUCCAGUUUUCAAAAUCAACAACCACUGAUCUCGGAACAAUCUUCCCCAUCGCCGCCACCGCCACAACAACAACAACCACAGCAACAACGCAACUCAAACAGAAGCACUCCAACUAGUCCGAUAUCGAGUCCUGUUGUGAGUAUGAGUUCAAUAUCCUCCCAAAGUACAGUGUCGCGUUCUCCACAACCGGUUAGUGGCACCGGAUGUGUCACGACGGAUGGCCAAAGUAGUUCGGAACAAACUCGAGACAAGCCAACGCCAUCGGCAGCUGCCUUCUCGGGUGUUAGAAAUAGACUGCUUGAUAAUGUUCUACAGGAUGAAGGAAUCGCCUCGGAAUGUGAUUGUUCUGAUGACGAACUAAUAACAACUUUCAAAGACAGAAGCAAUCGUGAAGUGGGUGCAACCUCGACUUCGCCAACAACUAGUUCGCCCAUUGACAAUUUGGCAGCGGGGACUUCUGCUAGUGGUAGCACCAACGGAUUGGCACAAAAGAGUUCGCCCAGCUUACAAGUUGGAACUUUUGAAGAUUCAUCGGAAUCCUCAUUCGAAGAGUUAGGGGCCAUUGGAGGCAUCUCCGACGACAAUAAAACAGAUUCAGUCGCUCAAAAUGAAACCUGGCAAUUUGUCAAUAAAAUGGAGAACGAUUCAAUCACGGUUGAAGAUAAAAAGACACAGGCUGUCGAUAAAGAGGAAGAACCAUCAGCAGGAACUUCCACUGAUAUCGCAUUGGUUUCAUCCGAAUCAUCAUCGGGACCAAGUAGAGCAGCAAAUAUUUUCUCAUCGAGACCGAAAAGAGUUGUUCGGCGACGAUCGGAUGGCUAUUUAAAUCGACGACGAUAUGGAGAUGAUCAUUCCUUUGCUUGGAAUAAUAAAGAACCGAGUGUAGAAGAGGAGGAGGGCGAUGAUGACGACGAGGAUGAAGAGGAAAAUGCCGCCGCCGUGAAUGAACGACGACGGCGUAGUAAAUGUUGUGGAAAAUGUGGAAAGACCAAAACUAACAUUAAAACCCACGUUAUGAAACUGCGACAGCAUCUGGAAAAUGCCAAUAUGUCUGAGGCUGAAAUUAAACAGGAACUUGAAGAGUUUCUGGUUUAUUUGGAAAAUCGAACUCGAGGCCAAUUGGUGGAUGUUGGCAGUGCCACAUCGCCAUUUUUCGAUGGGAACGAUGGUAUAUAUGUCUGUGGACAAAAUGGACCCGAUGGAGGCUAUGAUCCACGGAUAGCAGCUAGUCGCUUUCCUAAUUUAAAUGAUUUUGAUUCAUUAGAGGAAUUAGAGAAUCUAACGGUUAAGCAACUGAAACAAGUUCUCACUCUAAAUCGUGUCGAUUAUAAAGGCUGUUGUGAAAAGCAGGAACUUUUCGAAAGAGUUUCAAGGCUUUGGAAAAACCUCAAAUCUUGUCCAGCAAUUGAAAAGCUUCCCACUGAUGAGCUAUGCAAAAUUUGCAUGGAUGCUCCAAUUGAAUGUGUGAUUUUGGAAUGCGGACAUAUGGCUACAUGCACAAAUUGUGGAAAGGUCCUUAGCGAAUGUCCAAUUUGUCGACAAUACAUUGUGCGAGUUGUACGAUUCUUUAGAGCGUAAACUCGUCUUUUUAAUUCA